AUGUGUCACUCCCGUCGUGACGAGGUCUCAGGCGGCUCGACCAAUGUGCAGGGCCGCGAGGUCCUGCCCACCAAUGUCAAGCCCGUUCACUAUGACUUGACUCUCGAGCCUAACUUUGAGAAGUUUACAUAUGAAGGUUCCGUCCUGAUUGACCUACAGGUCACCGAAGACACCGAUUUCAUCUCCCUCAACUCCAAUGAGAUCGAUAUUCACAGUGCAACCGUCCUGUCAAAGGGAGCUGUGGUGGAAGCCAAGCCUGAGAUUUCCAUGAACAAGGAUGCCCAGACCGCAACCAUCAAGUUCAAGCAGGCCCUUUCUGCGGGGUCCGAUGCCCAGCUGAAGCUUACUUUCACUGGUAUCCUGAACGAUAACAUGGCCGGUUUCUACCGAUCCUCAUACAAGCACAAUGGCGAGACCAAGUACAUUGCCACCUCUCAGAUGGAGCCGACGGACGCCCGCCGUGCUUUCCCCUGCUUUGACGAGCCUGCUCUCAAGGCCAAGUUCACCGUGACCCUGGUUGCAGACAAGAGCAUGACCUGCCUGAGCAACAUGGAUGUUGCGUCCGAGACCGACAUUGAUGGUGGUAAGAAGAGUGUCAAGUUCAAUACCUCGCCUGAAAUGUCGACCUACCUGAUUGCGUUCAUCGUGGGUGACCUUAAGUACGUCGAGACCAACAACUUCCGCGUGCCCGUUCGCGUCUACGCCACCCCCGACCAGGAUAUUGAACAUGGACGCUUCUCUCUGGAGCUCGCGGCUAAGACCCUUGCUUUCUACGAGAAGGCCUUUGACAAUGAUUUCCCGCUGCCGAAGAUGGACAUGGUGGCAGUGCCCGACUUCAGCGCCGGAGCUAUGGAGAACUGGGGUUUGAUUACCUACCGCAUCGUCGAUCUGCUGAUGGACGAGAAGACCACUGGUGCCUCUACAAAGGAGCGCAUCGCCGAGGUUGUCCAACACGAAUUGGCUCACCAAUGGUUUGGUAACUUGGUUACCAUGGACUUCUGGGAUGGCCUGUGGCUGAACGAAGGUUUCGCAACCUGGAUGUCGUGGUACUCGUGCAAUGUCUUCUACCCAGAAUGGAAGGUGUGGCAGACUUAUGUCAUUGACAACCUUCAGAGUGCCCUGUCGCUCGACUCGCUGCGUAGCAGUCACCCCAUUGAGGUCCCUGUUAAGCGUGCCGAUGAGAUCAACCAGAUUUUCGAUGCCAUUUCAUACUCCAAGGGUUCGUCCGUGCUGCGCAUGAUCUCCAAGUACCUGGGAGAGGAUGUGUUCUUGCAGGGUGUCCGUGACUACAUUCGCAAGCAUGCCUACGGCAACACCCAGACUGGUGACCUGUGGGCUGCCCUGGCUAACGCCAGUGGUAAGCCUGUUGAAUCGGUCAUGGAAAUCUGGACUAAGAACGUUGGUUUCCCCGUCGUUACCGUGACUGAGAACCCGGAAAACUCGUCCAUCAGCGUGAAACAGAACCGUUUCCUGCGUACUGGUGAUGUCCGUCCCGAGGAGGACAAGGUCCUUUACCCUUGCAUGCUCGGCUUGCGCACCAAGGACUCCAUCGAUGAGAACACUAUGUUGACUGGGCGUGAGGGUGAAUUCAAGGUCCCCGACCUGGACUUCUUCAAGCUGAAUGCCGACCACUCCGCCAUCUACCGUACCUCUUACUCUCCUGAGCGCCUUCGCAAGCUAGGACAGGCUGCUCGUGAUGGUCUUCUCACCGUUGAGGACCGUGCCGGUAUGAUUGCCGACUCUGGUGCUCUGUCUGCUUCUGGCUUCCAGAAGACCUCCGGUCUGCUGUCGCUCCUCCAGGGUCUCGAUACCGAGUCCGAGUUUGUGGUUUGGACUGAAAUGCUUACUCGUAUCGCUUCUCUGCGUGGUGCCUGGUUAUUCGAGGAUGCCAAGACCAAGGAUGCGCUCAAGGCCUUCCAGCGCUCGCUUGUUGCCGCAAAGGCUCACGAGCUGGGCUGGGAGUUCUCCGAGAAGGACGACCACAUCCUGCAGCAGCUCAAGGCUCUGAUGUUCGGUUCCGCCGGUAAGGCCGACGACCCGGUUGUCAUCAAGGCUGCCCAGGACAUGUUCGCCCGCUUUGCCGCUGGCGACCAUUCCGCCGUCCACCCCAACAUUCGUGGCAGCGUUUUCACCCUCGCUCUGAAGAAUGGCGGCGUCAAGGAGUACGAGGUGGUGCUGGACCGUUUCCGCCACGCCCCUACUUCUGACGAGAGAAACACCGCUCUGCGUUCUCUUGGUGCCUCGGAGGACCCGGCUCUCAUCCAGCGCACUCUCGAUCUGGCCUCGAGUAACGAGGUCAAGAACCAGGACAUCUACCAGCCUUUGGGCGGUCUCAGCAGCUCUGUGGCCGGUAUUGAGGCUCGCUGGGCUUGGCUUCAGAAGAACUGGGACGGUAUCUACAAGCGUUUGCCUCCAUCUCUCGGUAUGCUGGGCAGUGUGGUGCAGAUUAGCACUACUGCCUUCAGCACUGAGGCCCAACUGAAGGAAGUCCAGGCCUUCUUUGCCUCCAAGGACACUAAGGGCUACGACCGUGCUGUUGAGCAGAGCCUUGACGCCAUCCGCGCCAAGGUUAACUGGGUCAAGCGUGACGGAGAGGAUGUUGAGUCCUGGUUGAGCAACAACAAGUACCUCCAGAGUAAGCUGUGA